AUGGAAGCGGCAGCUGCUCCAGUUAGCCCACCUAAUCCCGUUUUAGGGCAAGAUCAGCCGGUUGCCCGGCCUGGAUCUCUGAAGGGGAACAUUCGCGGUAACGACCGUGAGCUCAGGCUGGAUGGAACCUCUAAUGAUGAUGAAAGCCCACAGGUUUCUGAUGUCCGCGAAGAAAGGCGGGGACGGGUGUCUCGAUAUAAGAAGUCUGUGACUGCUUCCUGGGGGCUGGGGGAGGGCGUGAGCGGCAGGAUGACGGGGGCUGCGAUCCUCGGCCUGCUUUUGCUCUCCAUGAGUAUCCCUUUUGCGGUAUACAAAAUGCACCAGGGGCAGAUCGGGCGGCAGUACGCGUUCGACGCAUUACCUACCCAAGGCAGGGAAGCUGGAGAGCAGCACGGCCAGCAACAGGCAGCGGCGUCCGAGUUCACCGAAGCGACUGUAGGGCACUUUGAUGCGAUAGGUGUGCCUGUAACUCAAAACUUGCAGGCGACAUUUCUUUCCCUGAAGCACACUAGCGAUCAUGGUCUGCUUUUAUCGGUCCGGGAUUCGCGGUGGGAUUCUGUACGGAAGGAAUUCCUCGCUGAUUUGGAUAGGGUGGCGGAGAUACCACCUUCUGUGUUUGAAAACGAAUACAAGAGCGAAGAAAUUCUUCGACGUAUGAUGGCCAUGGAUCUGGCAUGUCUAGAGAAUGCUGCGGUGGAAACGAAAGUGGCGAUUGAUGACUUCCGAGCCACUCAUAAGGGAGGCUUUUCAGAUGAGCUGGCUGAGAAGUUUCAGGAAAACCUUCAGGCGAGGCGCGAUCAGGUGAGGGCAGCGGAGUUGUGGGAGACAGCUGUGGUGAAUGAUUUGCUGGGGACCGAUCCCGCCCUGAAGGACAGUAUGCUGAAACUUUUGCUUGCCGUACGAUCCAGAGCGACGAGCUGCGAAUACCUAACUACUACCUCGGCAGAGAUACUCUUCCCUUCAGAAUCUUCUGCUAGAGGGCAUGUGGAAGAAAACCGAGUUUAUGAGGGAGUCGCCUACCUCAUCAAGGCGGGCCAACUUGCGGCCAGCGACAAUUUGAUUAAAACAUAUGUGGCGCCCUGGUUGGCGAUUAUUUUCACUUCCUUCUAA